GAAAUGGAUUAGCCGAUAACAUUUUGACAAAUGAAAUAAAACGUAGAAGAGCAACGGGCUAAUUCAAAAUAAUGGAAAAGAAAGUUGAAAAGCUGUAACAUUAUGGAACAUCAUGGGCACCACCAGGAGUUGUCUGCUAAAUCUGAUCUGAUUACAGUGGAACAGAAACGUCACCAAGGUGGAACAGUAACAAAAAUCCGUUCUUUCACCAAAAGUGCGAACGACACAAACAAAUGCCAGAAAUCUAUAGACAUAAAAGUCUUUCCAAAACCGAGGGAUUUAACAGAACUAUCGACACAGAGUGAUACUAGAGCCGUGAACUUCAGUUUAGUACGUCGAUCGGACAAUAAAGAUGUAGCUAAGGUUGUUAUUCCAGCGUCGGGAACAGGUAGUUUGAAACACAAAGCGCUGUCGGGAAAGGCAUAUCGUUCUCGAGAUCAAGAGGAAAUGCGUUCGGCCACCCGACAUCGUCCAACCCCGUCGCCACAGUCGACGAAACCCAAAACGACACGCCCUUCGAAAGCGCCGCAAGUAAACAAACCAAAAGGGGACAGCACGAUUACGAAGAUUAAUAUUAAUAUCGACAAAAAGUCUGCUGUGCAUUCUCAAACAAAAGAAGUUCAUACUAAAUCCCGUUAUAUUGAGAAGUCUGGAGGAAAAUCGGCCGUCGAGAAAUCAAGCAAAACGUCGGAUAAAGACUCUACCAGUAAGAAGGAUGCCAAAACGAAACCGCAUGAAAGUAGUCGAAGGAAGUCUUCCAAACCACCUCAAUUCCCAACCGAAGAUGAUGUCAACUCGACAGCUAAGACCCUCAAGGCUCGCGGCUACAUUCUAGAAGGUAAACUUGGAGAGGGUACCUACGCCAAAGUGAGACGAGCUUACAGCUACAGCGAAAAAUGCCGGGUCGCCAUUAAGAUCGUGUCUCGUUCUCGCCUCAACGCCCGCUUCCAGCAGAAAUUCCUUCCUCGAGAGCUCAAGAUUGUGCGAAACAUGCGCCAUCCACACAUCAUAGAACUCUUGGAGAUGUUCGAAAGCAACGGCGUCAUCUUUCUCAUCAUGGAGUUGGCCAGGCAUGGUGAUCUUCUAGAGUAUGUCCAGAAGAAAAACGCGCUACGCGAUUCAGAAGCGCGAACUGUAUUCAGCCAAAUCCUGUCGGCUGUAGAGCAUCUCCAUUUCCAUGGAGUUUACCAUAGGGAUCUGAAGUGCGAGAACAUCCUCUUGGAUUGGGGACCGACCGGCAUUACGGCCAAAAUCACAGAUUUCGGAUUCGCACGGGAGUGGAGCGAGGCUUUUAAACCAUGUUCGACGUUCUGCGGGAGCGCUGCCUAUGCAUCACCAGAGAUUCUGCAAGCAAUUCCUUACGAUCCCAACUGGGCUGAUAUUUGGAGCUUAGGGAUUAUUCUCUAUAUCAUGGUUACAGGUCGGAUGCCGUUCGACGACAGCAACAUCAAGCAGGCGCUCGAAGACAUGCUCAACAGCCGUCUCAACUUCUCGCGACGUCGUCUGGUCUGCAUCGAAGUCCAGCGCCUUCUCCGCGCCAUCCUGACCUACGACCCACGUCAACGACCAGGGGUACAGGAGAUCAAAACAGCCCAUGGAUGCGUGGUCGAUGUACUAUGGUCAAACCGUCGGCGAGGGUUUCGUCGAGUGUGGGAGGCGUUUAGCGAUCUCGUCGGUACUUUUCCAUACCGGUUACUAUACAUCUUUGAUUAG